GACACAGCCUCAGCUGCAGCCGAGUGCAAAGGGCACUUCAGUUUCGCUUUCGGAGGCGCAGAGGCAGGAAAAACUCUUAAUUUGUAGAUAAAUCUUCAAACUAGUCAUGCAGUCAUUACUACACUUUAAAUUACUCUUGGGUCUUUUUUGUCUUUGUUUUUUUACCUCACAAUAACACAGGUGCCUCCAGACUCUCCAAGUCUGUCCAGAACUCUCUCUCCAUGGAUCAUUAAGGCAUGAUCCAGUGGGAUUAACAGCAUUAACAGCUUGAUGCAAUAAUUAACAGGAAAUUGCAACAAGCGAACUGCUGCCGAUAACCACACACAGCUCAGCAUGCUGUGGGAAAGGAGCAGCUGUGCCAUCCUAUUUAACAGAGAGCCUGAGACGCACAAACUCGACUCCUCCUGGGACAGGUGAAUUGUUGCUGUCGAUUUAUUUAUCUUGGUGCUGGACCCCUCUGCACAUCAGGUACUGAUAUAUUCCAUAUUGCUGAGUCUUCUAGAGGCAAAUAAAAAUAUGUAUUUAUUCCUCCUUUCCAUUUUACCUUUGCUUUUGAAAGUCACUGGCACCAAAGAUGUUAUAUUUGGUUAUAAUAAUUUCACAGAAUAUCAAGUGGGCAACAUGAACCUCAUUCUCUCUGUCCCACAUGGUGGGUCACUGGAACCUAAAGACAUCCCUGAUCGAGAGGCUGCCUGUUGGGAUGAGAAGACAUCCUCUUGUAUUUUCUCUCAUGACUGUCCUCCUGGAAGUAUUCAAAAUGCUGUGAAAUGCAAAGUGUCUACCAACCAAGACAGGUAUACUAUAGAGGUGGCUCAGGCUCUUGCUGAAGAAAUCAACAAAAUUACUGGUGGCUUCUUCCCACAUAUCAUCAUAAAUCACCUACAGAGGUUCAAGAUGGAUGCUAAUAGGGAAAAGGAAGAAGCCUCCUUUGGAAUUCCCCAAGCAGAACAGGCCUGGGAGGACUAUAUGGGAUUUUUGACCACUGCAAAAUCACAGAUGUCAGGGGGCCUAAUUCUGGAUAUCCAUGGACAAGCACAUCCUGAAAGGUGGAUAGAACUAGGUUACACACUUUCAAAAACGUCCCUUAACUCGGGUGUCUUUUCUGCAUCGGAUUCCUCAAUUAGCCAUCUGGCCAGUCAGCUGGUCAAUGUGUCUUCUGAGAUUUUGGUUUCAGGGAACAGAAGUUUGGGUAAAUAUAUUGAAGGACAAAAUAAGAGUUAUGUCUGUGUGCCUUCUCCAUCCAAUCCUAGCCCAAAUAAUGGAAGCUAUUAUAGUGGUGGGUACAUAACAAAGACUUUUGGUUCCCGGAGUUCUGGCACCAUUGAUGCCAUUCAGCUUGAGCUGCCCCAGUGGGUGAGGGCAGCUGAAGAGCGUCACAGAUUUUGUAAAGCCCUGGCAAGGGCUGUAAUGAAAUUCUGGCAAGCUAACUACUGUAGCCAGCAGAAACACAAUCUUCUGCCAUGCUGAAAGAGGCUGUCCUGUUAAGAUGCCUUUCCUUAAUAGAGUAGUGAUCUGGAACAAUCAAACAACUCAUUCACCUGGAACGCUGAAGUGCAGUAUAAUUGUGGAUGCUGGUAGAAAGAAACCAUCCUGCAAAGGAAUGCAUCAACAUAGAGGAAAUCCACAGUUAAUACCAACAAAUCCAACCCAAAAAUUACCAACACACCUUUGUACUAGACCCAGCCUUGAAAUGACUGCUCUAAGAUAAGUGGGUGCAAGCAUCACUUGUCUGUGCUUAAUUUCUUUCCAGUCUCAUGAUAAAAAACUGAUCUUCUAAUAAAUUCUGUGCAAUGCC